AUGUCUGCUCCACUUAUGAUGCUCAUCAACCUCAUUAGGGACCCUGAGAUCUCCAAUAAGGUGAUCUUGCAGUUUGCUUUUAGACAAAUCAAGGCCAUUGGAUACGCCAAAGUGCUCUCUUUGUUGCUUGGAGCGUUGAUGGUGGGAGUGUCUUCUGUGAUUAAGAUCCCGCAGAUUCGAAAGAUCUUGGGCCCCAAGACGAUGGCGGCGAGAUCCAAGUUGGCCAAGGGUCUUAGUGAAGAAUCGGUCACUUUGGAGACGGCUGCUCAAUGGAUCCAUGUCACGUACAACAAGCAGCAGAGAAACAGUUUUGUCAAUUACGGCGAGCUGUUCUUGUUGGGUCUUCAGAACAUUGCUAUUCUCUUGCUUCUCAAGUACUACAAGUUGAGAAGAGAGCUCGCUGCCGCCACCACCUUGAGCGAGAAGGACCAGAUCAGAGAAUGCUUCAAGGCUUUGCUUAAGCCUGCUGCCACCAUUGUGGCUGUGUUGGUGUUUUUGACCAAGAUCUGUCCACCUCAGGUUAUUGCUACUUUGCAGAUUUUGAACAUUCCAAUUGGCAUUUUGGCCAAGAUUCCUCAAAUCAGAAGAAACCAGGCAUUGAAGAGCACCGCUCACUUGUCUGAGGUGACGAUUUUCGCCAAUGUGAUUGGUUCGCUCAUCCGUGUGUUCACCACGGCCUCGAACUUCAAGAAGUCCCGCACCAGAGACUCUGUCUUGCUUGCUGGCUACCUGACCUCUUUUGCUUUGAAUGCUGUUCUUGCCGGCCAGAUUGUUCACUACGGAAAGAAGGAGGAGAAGAAGCUCGAGUAA